ACGGUUAGAAAAACGUUUGGAACCCUAACCGAGUGAACGGGCAGAUAUAUGGCAACCUGGAAUAAUCAUAACAAAACAAAUGAGAAGAACCACACCUCACUACCACCGUCGCUCUCUCUCAUCUCAUGAUUUAUCGUUCUUCAACUUCUCCCUCGAAAGCUGGGCCUCUAUAUCUGCACCUCAAUCUCUAAGCCUACUCUGAAAUUGCCAAAAGGGGCUUUUGGGCUUCUGGAUCAACGGGCAAAGGUUGAGCGUGAGGAGGGUUGCUGCUGCUGGUAGCUCGUUGCUUUUGCUGCUGUUGAUGUUUUGUGUCUGAGAAGUUUUGUGAAUCUAUGGAAUCUUAUAAGAGGUGGGUUAGGCGGAACAAGGACUACGUGCACUCCUUGGAGUCUCUGGCCAAUGGAUUGACCUGGCUUCUUCCUGAAAGGUUUUCUGAUUCAGAGAUAGGUCCAGAAGCAGGUUUUGUGAAAUUUUGUAUUUGGAAUGAUGAUGAAUUGCACUUGCAGCACUUGUGUAUUUGUCUCAUCAUGGGGUAUUCGAUCUUUGUCAGAGUUCUAGUUAGGUUAGCUUUGUUUCGGAACAGUGGAUAUAAGAUGCUUCUUCAUGGAGGGGAGACACCAAAUGACGGAAGGCAAUUAGAUACUUCAACAUCUCAACAUAAAGUUGAUGGUUUCCCAAAGUAUGGAGGGCAUCACGGCCCUGGUUACUUAAGGACAAAUCACACACAGAACCCCUGGAAUCUAGAAGGAAGAGCACUAUCUGCAUUAAAUACGUUUGGAGAAACUGCUAGGAUGGGUUCAGACCCAUCAUGGUUGCAUAGGUUUCAACAUCAGCAUGCGAUUAUGGAGCCUCCAAGACCAGUGAUUCAGAGGCCAACCAUUUCCACCAUAUUGUCCGAAAAGGGUCUUCAUGGAGCUUUAUAUCUAGCAGGGGAAGUGCUUUUUAUUACUAGACCGCUUAUUUAUGUUUUAUUUAUCCGGAAGUAUGGGACUCCGUCAUGGAUUCCUUGGUUUCUUUCACUGGCUGUGGACUUUGUUGGGAUGGGCAUUCUUUCAAAAGUUACAAAGUCAGGGGGUCAUACAGAAGAGCAACGGUUUCAUCUUUCCGUCUCUGAAAAUGAUGAGGUUAAAAGAAGGAAGCUGUUAUUGGCACUUUACCUUAUGAGAGACCCUUUCUUCAGCAAGUAUACCAGGCAAAGACUUGAAAGCACCAAGAACAUUUUGGAACCUGUACCGAUUAUUGGGUUUCUUGCUGAGAAAAUAGUUGAACUAAUUAUUGGAGCUCAGACACGGUACACCUACAUGUCAGGAUCAUAAGACAGAAGCCAGCAAGAAGUUAAACCUCUUACAGUUCAAAUUUCAGGAGAUUAUAUAAUUUGGUGUGUCAUUGUCUUGCUUUGGUUCACAAUUUUGUCCCAUUCAAUCUGUAGAAAUUGGCUUGAUGGCCGCUGGUAUUAUAAGCAUUGACCUUCGCAGUUGGUUAUUAGUCAAUCACGAAUUCCUUUGUUUUUGUUGUUGUUUAAAUAUCCCCUAAAACGUUCCAAGAACACAUAUUUGGCCUUUUCCUUGUUUAAUUUUAUGGUUUUUUUGUUUGUU